AUGGCACCCGGAAACACUUCUGAUAAUGCGUUUAUCCCUGAGUUCCUCUACCAUACUUGUCUGACUAUUAAUGAGCAUCAUAUCCAAACCCUGGCGGACAUCCCCAGACUCUAUGUCCUGGGCAGCCAUGGGACACUAGAGAGUGCCAAACAAUUUGCUCUGGAAGCUCUUGCGACGCUGGGCUAUAAGGAGGAAGAUUUUGCUAUCUAUCAGACACGACCACAUGACGCCGAGGAGUGGGAUCAUGGUAACGGAACCAUCGUCUAUGCUAAAGCCCCGGCUGGUCAAGAGUUCCUUGUUCGAAUCGACACAAAGUUGAACAUCGAGGAUCUGCCAGCAUCAGUAUCGGACGGGUCACUGUAUCUCCCACGUGGUACUGACCAUCUCCACUUCAUCGUUCAGACACAAAUCAAGUACAAUGCCGACCGUGCUGUCUCCUCCGAAAUUCAGGGCGCCUACCUCAAGAGGAACGAUGCUAUCGAAGCUGCAACGUGGUGCUUACUAGGCGAAUCUACGGACCUCAAGUCUGACUAUGCCCAGUUUGAGAUCAAGAAAAACUUGGAACCAAAGGCAGACUGGCCAUUUGGCGAGGACGUACUUAUUCACGCUGUGACACAGACGGGUGAAAACUACCUUAUCUCUCUGGUAACCCCCCCGACUUCUCAUAAGAAACUUGAUAAAUAUCGAAAGAAGCAAUGGACCUCGACUUGA